AUUUUUGAGCUUAAAUUCUCCGUGCCUUCCAAAUUCCAAUUCCCUCUCUUCCCUCACAUUUUGCUCUACCUCCCUCCCUCCCUCCCUUCAUCCUCUUCCCUGGAUUGUGUUGUUGCAUGAGUGGGGUGGGUCAAACCCUACAUUCUCCUGUCCAAACCAUUUUUUCUGCUAAUCUUGUAUCUCUCGCGGCAAAUCCAACUUCCCGAACUCUCUUGCUAUUCUAUACUUCCCUUUUAUGGCGUCUCGAUACUUUCUGCAAACUCUAGAUCUAGGAAUGAAUUGAUUAGGUCCCUUACCUUCCUUGCGCUCGUCAUUAUUCUCAUCUCUUUGUAGCUUCGUAUCUUCUUUUCCGCCAUAUUCUAUUUGUUCGUUGCGUUCGAGGUGUGAUUUUUUGUUUUCCCUUCAACCCAAUUGGAAAACUGAAAGCAUGGGUAUUGCUGAUUAGGCUGCCCAGAUUCAGGAACCAUGCAUUUAGUGUAUGUUGGCCGGGUGAAAAAGGGUCUCUUGUACCGUACAUAAUUGGGUUUUCUGUUUUUCCUGGGCAGAAGCAUCUAUCCGCAUCGAAAUGGGGUUUUCCUUUGGGCUUAUAAUCUUGUAAUAGGGUUUCGGUGGAAUUCCGCUUAGGUGCUGAGACUAUUAUUAGAAAAUGGCUCUGAAUUUUUCCUGUGAUUUGAGCUUUCCGGCUUCGCCGGAGAAGAGUACGUAUCGGUCAAUCGGGCCAGUCGUCGAUGGCUAUUUGCUCAAGAAAUCUGGUUGUUUUGGUAAUUCUUGGAGCUUUUGUAGUUUCAAUAAGGCAUUGGAAGAUAACCCAUGUGAUGAAUUAGUCAAUGCUGAUUUGGGGGAUUUCGAUGACCCGGCGGCAGUGGUAGUUGAUGAUAUUCUUGAUCGCUUGCCCAGGGAUCCAUUUGGCAUGAACAUAAUAAAGUCUACCUUCCCAGAAAUCUCGGAUUGGAUUCAAGAUUUUGAUUGGCAUUUCCCGUCAGAGUAUGAUGUCUUUGGGGCGGAUGAAACCCAUACAAAGAUUGACUGUAAACUUUUUGCGGAUCUAUAUUGGGGUUGGAAUGGUGCUGGUGCUGGUAGUUUCCCUUCCGGAGGCAACGACGAUGCCAAUGAAAUGUCUGUUUCAGAUCAAGUUUUCGACAGAUUUCAGAUUUUUGAUUGGUUGUUUGAUAGCGGCCUCGUAUCAGAUGGAAAUGUGGAGACGCUUUUACCAGCUAGUCACGAAGACAGCAGCGUUUCGAGCGGUGAAGCUGAAGUGCAAAAUUCAACCAAAAUUGAUUAUGAUGGUGAAGCAGGUAGUCCACAUGAUGCUAUGCGUUUGGUGUUGAAUUAUCUAGGUGUCACGGACCUUCUUUCAGUUGAACAGGUUUGCACUUCUUUGCGUGAUUGUGUUAAAGCUAAUCCUCUGUUAUGGUGGAGUAUACACAUAGAUCAGUCAUUGAGUUUGAAGAUUACGGAUGGUAUACUGGUUAAGUUAACUAACAGGGCUCAAGGCUUUCUUCAAUCCUUGACCCUGGUUAAUUGCAUAAGGAUCACAGACAGUGGUCUGAGACGUGUUCUUCAAAGCAACCCUAGACUAACAAAGCUAAGUGUCCCUGGUUGUGUUAGACUGACUGUUGAAGGGAUUUUAAUCCAAUUGAGGGCCCUAAAGUCAUCAGGGAAACCUGGGAUAAAGCACAUAGAAAUUGGUGGGAUUCCUAAUGUAACAGACAAGGAUUUUGAAGAGUUGAAGUUCUUACUAGAUGUGGACAGGUAUUUGCAACAGAGAGUGCAGAGGCCACGAUUCUACCAGGGAUGGUAUCCGUAUGCCUUGGACACCUUGUGUGAUGAUGACCGUGCAAUUGACAUAGAGCUCUGUCCUCUAUGCCAGAGGCCAAGACGUGUCUAUGAUUGCCCUGCAGAGAGUUGCCAACAGAAACAACAGGCUUCUCAGUUGUGUAGGGGUUGCUUGGCGUGCAUAGAACGGUGCAUCCAUUGUGGAAAGUGCAUUAAGGAUCUUGAGUAUGAAGAGACAUUCUGUCUGGACUUGCUUUGUUUGAAUUGUUGGCACCAGCUGGUGAGUUUUCCAGAUGAGCCUGUUGGAAAGAAUUCUUCCAGGCACACUGUUAUUAGUCCAAGGACUAUGUAUAAGUUUUGUAAAUUGUUUGAACCAGAAUGUGCAAACUCGACUAUGCCUGGCGCAAGCAGCGAUAUAUUUGUAGAUUGCUUGAACCAGAAUGUGCAAACUCAGCUGUCUGGAUCUUGAAUGCAGAAGUCGAACCAGUUAUGGAUGAAAGUUACUUCUGUUAAGGAUUCUGGCCCUCCUGUGCUAACUGACCAUUGCAUAGGAUGAUUGCAAAGUCAAGUCAUAUAAAGGUUCAAGCUUCACAUUUUUGAGGAACACAAACAUCUAUGAGAUGGCCAGUCUUGACCCUGAUAAAUUGGCCUUUUGGGAUAAGUAUCGGGAGUCGUUGCAUAACUCCACUGCAAUGAUGCCAUCGAUUAGCUGAACAAUCUUCUAGUAUUCAUUGAAAUGAUACACACUUACCAACAGUCAAUAACAUCUAAAGUGCGAGGGGACUAAAUUUCUUCAGAGCUGAUCUCCUAUUGUAUCAUGUGCAAAUUGUUGAACUGUCUGCAGAUGGAUCGCUUUUAACUGCUCAAGACAGGAGGAAGAAAGAAGAUUUGAUGAUUCUGGAGGGAAAUGAGAAAUUAUAUUCCGUUAAAAGAAAAAGAAACAGAAAUGAUAAUUUAAUGUAGUUGUGGAGUAGACGAGACGCUGGCUUAUGGCCUUUACUGAACUAGAGCAACUUGAUGCGGAGCUUUCUGCAGGAAAAAGUUGCGUGAGAGAGUUCACUGACGUGAAGAAUGUGUAGUUCUUGAAGAUCAGCGUAUUCAUGUUGCUUGUGCACACCCAUUCUCAGCAAUCCCUUCGCGACAAGUUGCCUCCUGCAAUGGAAAUCAUCUCGAGUUCAUCGGAAGAAUACAAAUGUGUGUUGCUGUGGUUCAGUGCAAUGAUGGCUGGAGUGGGACUCUCUGAAGGACGGCAACUGCAUGACGUUGGGUUUCGAGCGGGGAGAAUUGUGCUUGUUGGAGGUGUUGCUGUUGAUGUUGCCUGUAAUUGAAGAUAAACCGGAAGAACAUAUUAAUGUUGCUCUUAUCUGUGGUUGUGUAAUAAAUGAAGCAAAAUCAUACGAUUGACACUUGGGACGUGUACCUUUUCCUAAGAUACGUUCAUCGUUGAGCUCGGAAACCAUCAAUUAGCUACGGUAUCUUUUCUUUCAGCAGGAAAUUUAGGACGUAAGUGCGCAGUUGCCAUGUUGCUUUACUUCCAACAUCUUUUAUUCAUGAUAUAUUGGGUUUUCUGAUGCUUCUAA